CCUCCUCCUCCUCCUCGUGCCCACCUUGCCAGGCCCCGCAAGGUUCCCCGACGGCCGCCACCCUAGGCUACGGCUACCCCUUCGGCGCGAGCGGCUACUACGGCUGCCGCGUGGGUCACGGCAUGGGCGGCGCCCACGUUAAGGCGGCCUGCGGAUCCGCGGCGCAGACGGCCGCGAGCCUCGCCUCGGGCUACGGGCCGCACUCGCUCGUCGACAAAUACGUGCAGGACGUCUCCGUCGGACUACAACCGAGCAACGGUGUCGGCUCAUCCGUUGCUGCCGGAGGUGGCGGUGGUGGUGGUCUCGGUGGUGGUGGAGGCGGUAUCGGUGGUAGCGGUGGUAUUGGUGGAGGUGCCGGCGGUGUGGGUGAUGAUUACACGAGCGGCCGGGCAGCCAAAGACUUCGCCUUCUACCCCAGCUACGGCAGCGCUUAUCACCACCACCACCAUCAUCAGCACAUGCCGGGCUACUUAGACAUGCCCGUGGUGCCGCACGCGUCGCUCGCACCGCCGAGCGAAGGUCGCCACGACCCCAUCCUUCACCACGGAAUGGACGGAUACCACCAUCAGCCAUGGGCGCUGCCCAAUGGAUGGAACGGGCAAAUGUACUGCGCCAAGGAGCAGAGUCAGCUGUCGCACCUGUGGAAGUCGCCCCUUGCAGACGGCUCGCAACCUCCUCACGAGAUGAGCCUCUUCCGCCGGGGCCGCAAGAAGAGAGUCCCCUACACCAAGGUGCAGCUGAAGGAACUCGAGCGGGAGUACGCCGCCAACAAGUUCAUCACCAAGGACAAGCGGAGGAAAAUUUCGGCCGCCAUCAGCUUAUCCGAACGCCAGGUCACCAUCUGGUUCCAGAACCGCAGGGUCAAAGAAAAGAAGGUUGUGUCCAAGAUGAAAACGACUCACCUGUGAUGAGGAUAUAGCGUCGGGUGAAACGCACGCAUACAUACACAAAGACAAAUAUUUGUUCCCCUCCUCGACCACCCGCCCGCUGCCGGUGUGGCCUCUCGAACAGGCUGCUGCUGUUGGGGCGAGUACUGUUUGCGAGCUCCUCGUGAAGAAGGCCGGCACGGCACACGAGGUUAGGUGAGUGGCCAACGCCCGGCCGCCUUUGUCUCCCCCGGUGGUGGUGUUUUUUUUUGUGCACGCGCGCACACACACACACACACCGCGCACCGGAUAGUCAAUUCACGGUCGAGUAAACGUCCACGAGGACGUCUAAGGUGCGGCGCAGGACCCGGUCCAAACAUUCACAGCCACGUCACUCGUUGGUCGUGAGCGGCAGUCGGAAACUCGGGCUCGCCGCGUUCGCAGCGACAGUGUGCUGACCACUGCGCCACCGCUCCCCACACCGCACACACGCACGCACACACACACGCAUUCACGCACACACGCAUUCACGCACACACGCAUUCACGCACGCCCGCGAUGCGUCGAGCGCGGCGCUCAUCACUGGCGUUCCGAACACGUGAUCUCUGUACCUGACUGAUUAAUGAAGCU